AUGACCCUCAAAUUCAUCAUCGUAGGCGCAGGCCUCAUCGGCCCCCGACACGCCCAAUCCAUCCUCUCCAACCCCUCCACCGACCUCGUCGCCCUCAUCGACCCCCUCCCCAGCGCCGCAACCACCGCUCAAAAGCUAGGAACAAGCUACUACCCAACAAUAGAAGCCACCCUACAAGCAAUCCCCAAGCCCGACGCCGCCAUAGUCUGCACCCCCAACCACACCCACGUCGCCAUCACCAAGCAACUCCUCCUCGCCAACAUCCACGUCCUCGUCGAGAAACCCCUCAGCGACAACAUCGCCUCAGCCCGCGAGCUCCUCUCUCUCCUAAAGCAACCCCAACACGCCCACCUCAAACUCCUCGUCGGCCACCACAGACGCUUCAACCCCUACGUGCUCAAAACAAAGGAACUCCUCACCUCAAGUGCCACCUCCCUCGGCCACAUAAUCGCCAUAAACGGCCUCUGGACCCUCCUCAAACCAGAUUCCUACUUCUCCGCCCCAACCGCCUGGCGCGCCUCCUCCACAACAGGCGGCGGCGUCAUCCCCAUAAACCUCAUCCACGACAUCGACAUCCUCCACUACCUCCUCGGCCCCAUCACCCGCGUGCACGCCGAGCAAACCCCCCGCAACGCACCAACCCCACCGAAGAAGGCGCCGCCCUCACGCUGCGCUUCGCGUCCGGCGCAGUGGGCACAUUCCUCGUCUGCGACGCGACGCCCUCCCCGCAUAACUUCGAGGCUGGGACCGGCGAGAACCCGCUUAUUCCGCGGGUGGAGGGCGGUGGGGCGGAUUUUUACCGCAUCUUUGGAUCCCGGGCGUCGUUGA